GUUCGGGUCAGCAGGCACGUGAAUGGGCGGGAGGAGCCGAUCCGGGUGCUGCGGGCCGGCGAAGCACUCUGGGGGGCUAUCGCGCUGCGCAACAUCCGCCGGACGACCAGCCUGCAGGCGCACCCGGGAAGGUCGCCUGCAUCACCAUCACCAAGAAGACGUGGCUAUGCUGGAGACUCCAUAAGCUUCCUGAGCCUGGCCAGUGAGUCCCGGCCCCGGGGCCCGCACAGACCCAACUGGCCCUUGAGGGAUCCUUCCCGCUCCUCCAGGAGUUCCCUAGCACUGUCUCUCAGAGAGUCAGAAGGUGUGGGGCUGGCAGGGACCUCCUGUGAGGGCACCACCGCCCCGGGCCCCGAGACGGCCCUGGCCCCGCUGCGGCUCCAGGACCUGGCGGCUGUGCGCUACGAGGACGGGCAGCACCAUGGCCUCCCCGUGGUCUUGGGCACCGGCGGCUUUGGCAGGGUUGAGCUGGUGGAGACCAAGCAGCCCCUCCCGCCAGCGCCAGUCCUGGGGGCAGAGCUGCAGGGGGCAGAGCCCUCACCCCUACCAGCCUGCCUUGCCCAGCCUGGAGGCGCGGGACCCCAGUGCCUGGCCCCCUCACGCCCUGCUUGCCCCCAGGAGCGCGAGCGGGGGCAGCUCUUUGCCCUCAAGCGGAUCCGCAAGGACCACGUGGUGCGGAGGCGGCAGCAGGGACACGUGCACAUGGAGAAGCGGGUGCUGGAGCGGAGCCGCUGCCCCUUCAUCGUGGGGCUCUUUGGCACCUUCAAGGAUAGCCAGUACGUCUACAUGCUGCUGGAGUUCUGCCAGGGGGGCGAGCUGUGGACCAAGCUGCGUGAGGUGCGCUGCCUCGAGGAGGAGGUGGCCGUGUUCUGCUCGGCCUGCGUGGUGGAGGGACUCGACUACCUGCACGGCAACGGGAUCAUCUACCGGGACCUCAAGCCCGAGAACCUGAUGCUGGACAAGCAGGGCUACAUCAAACUGGUGGAUUUCGGCUUUGCCAAGGAGCUGGCGCGUGGGGAGAAGACCUACUCGUUCUGUGGGACCCCCGAGUACCUGGCGCCUGAGAUCCUGCGGCACGAGGGCCACGACUUCGCCGUCGACUUCUGGAUGAUGGGCAUCCUCAUCUUCGAGAUGCUGGUGGGCCGGCCCCCGUUCCACAGCUCCGAUCCCCAGAAGAUCUACAGCAAGAUCCUGGACGGGGUGUUCUCGUUCCCGGCCUACAUGAGUGAGGCCGCCUGCUCCCUGGUCUCCAAGCUGUGUCGGCACCGGCCCGGGCAGCGCUUGGGCAACACCCGCACCGGCAUCCGCGGCAUCAGGAAACACCGGUGGUUUGGCUCGGUGAAGUGGAAGCGUCUGGCUCUGCGGCAGAUCGAUGCUCCCACCCUGGCGCUGAUGAAGCAGGGCCCGCCCUACGCCAACUUCAAGCGCUUCUCGGUAGACUGGACGCCGGCCGAGGAGGAGUUCUCGGGCUGGGACGAGGAUUUCUGAGCAGCCGUGGGGCCCAGGCCAGCAGCACCACCAGGACUGGGGGAUGGGGGGACGCUCUGCUAGUGGCUGCUGCCCUGUUGCUGAGCUGGGCACGUGCCCCCUGCCCGCGGGAGGACGGGGCCCUGGUCUGCUGUUAGCCCUGGGCUGGCCCCUCCUGGGCACGGGGCCCCAGCCUGGCAGACCCCGCUGGUGGGGAGCAGAGGGCCCUGGGCCUGCACAGGCCUGUUCCUGAAAGCGGCUGCAUGAGGGUGGGAGCUGCCCCGGGCCUGGCCCCCUGGGCUGUGGGCAAUAAAGUCCCCUGUGUGACUCCA